ACGUUCUCCUGGGGAUUUGAGGAAGCUGCUUGGGGAGGUGCUAUAUAAUUUCUAUCAAAAUGUCAUCUUCCCUCUACAUAGUUUUCAUAUUUGUUGGACUUCCUGCUACUGCUCAUUGUUUUCCUGGUACUCAGCAUGAAGGUCAAGGUAAUGACGUCAAUCAUUCUCCCCCAAGGAACUCAACCUUCUAUGAGAUGUCCACCAAUAAUGCUGACUUUGCGUUCAACUUGUAUAGGAAGCUGGCCUCAGAGAACACUGGGAAGAAUGUUUUCUUCUCCCCGGUGAGUGUGUCCUCAGCCUUUGCUAUGAUGUCCCUUGGGGCCCGAUCAGACACACAGACUCAGAUCCUAGAGUGCCUGGGCUUCAACCUCACGGAGACGCAAGAGGAGGAAAUCCACCGAGGUUUCCAUCACCUUAUCCACACCCUGAAUCUCCCUAACAAGGAACUCGAAUUGAAGGCAGGAAAUGCCCUCUUCAUUCAAAAGCAGGUAAAAAUUCUCACCCAGUUCACAACGGAUGUCCAGAAGCUAUAUGAGUCAGAGGCCUUUUCUACUGACUUCUCAAAUGUUUCAGCAGCCGAACAGAAGAUCAAUAAUUAUGUGAAGAAGAAGACCAAAGGGAACGUUGUAGACUUGAUCAAAGAUCUUGUACCGGAAACUUACAUGAUCCUAGUGAACUUUAUUUUCCUUAAAGCCAAAUGGGAGAAACCUUUUGACCCUCUGGAAACCAAGGAAAACGGCAACUUUUACAAGAGCCAGUCAGAUGUGAUGAAGGUUUCCUUCAUGCACCAAACUGAAGAACACUUUUACUUUGUGGAUAGGAUACUGAACUGCACUGUACUUCAGAUGGACUACAGUAAAAAUGCACUGGCCAUUUUUGUCCUUCCUGACCAAGGCCAGAUGAAGCCACUGGAGGACACUCUAAUGUCAACAACUCUGAGGAGAUGGAACCACUUGCUCCAAAAAGGGCUAGUGAAUCUGUAUGUUCCAAAGUUUUUCAUCUCUGCCUCAUACAACCUGGACACCAUCCUCCCAGGAAUGGGAAUCCAAGAUGCUUUCACUAACCAGGCAGAUUUUUCUGGUAUCUCAGAGCAUUACAAACUGAAGAUUUCAAAUGUGGUUCACAAAGCUGUGUUAGACGUUGGAGAAAAGGGUACCGAGGCUGCAGCUACCACAGAGUUAAGGAUGGAGCUCCGGUCAGCUUCAGUUCACUCUGGUGCUUUGAUUGUCUUCGAUAGGCCCUUCCUCAUGAUGGUUUUGGAUAAAGCCACUCGAAGCAUUCUCUUUCUAGGAAAAGUGGUGGAGCCAAUGGAAAAGUAGUUGUGUAACUGCUCCUGGUGAACUGCCUAUCAUUAUUAAAAUGGAAAAUAAAUAUGUAU